AAAAAAAAAAGGGUCCUCACUCCUCCCUUCCAGAGAAUUUGGUGCGACAGAAGCUACAUACUUGUCCCAUAAAAAACGGAGACGCCCGCAAAUCCAAACAUCACGAAACCGCCAAUUUCUCAUUCUCUCACAGUCUCUUGAGCAAAUGCUCCCAUUUCUUCUUAAGCUUCUUCUCUUUUCUUAAGCUCCUCCCAUGGCGUCCCACGAAACCCUAACCCUCGACUCCUCUCGCCUCUUCCUCGCCGCCCAAACCUCCUUCCACCACCAGCCUGCGCAGCCGCCCUCGCUCUCCCCUUUUCCCUCCACUUUCCCUCAAUCCAAACACAUCCCAAGGACGCGUUUCCUCGUCGAUGCCUUCCGCUACGCCGGCGACUUCUCCAUCUCCUACUUCCUCACCCAUUUCCACUCCGAUCACUAUUCCGGCCUCGCCUUCAAUUGGUCCAAAGGCAUUGUCUUCUGCUCUCACACCACCGCUCGGCUCCUUAUUGAAAUACUUAGGGUUCCUUCUGUUUUCGUCCUCCCCUUGCCGCUUCGUGAACCAGUAGUAAUUGAUGGUUGUGAGGUUGUGCUUGUCGAUGCCAAUCAUUGUCCCGGUGCUGUUCAAUUCCUGUUCAAAAUUCCCGGUUCGGAAGGCAAAACUGUGAGGUAUGUGCAUACAGGGGAUUUUCGAUUUUGUGAAUCAAUGAAAUCCGACACUUGUUUACGCGAAUUUAUCGGUUCAGAUGCGAUUUUCCUUGACACUACUUAUUGUAAUCCGAAAUUUGUAUUUCCGUCGCAAGAAGAGUCUAUUGAUUAUAUUGUUAGCGUAGUGGAAAGAGUUUCAGGUGAAUGUAAAGGUCCGAAGAAUAAUGUGUUAUUUCUUGUAGCUACUUAUGUCAUUGGGAAAGAGAAGAUUUUGCUAGAGAUUGCUCGUAGAUGUAAUCGAAAGAUAUGUGUGGAUGCUAGAAAAAUGAGCGUUUUGCGCAUUUUGGGGUGUGAGGAGAGUGGAGUGUUUACAGAGGAUGAAUGCGAAAGCGAUGUGCACGUUAUUGGGUGGAACGUUUUGGGUGAGACAUGGCCAUAUUUUAGGCCUAAUUUCGGAAAGAUGAACGAGAUUAUGCUUGAGAGAGGGUACUCUAAGGCCAUUGGUUUUGUUCCGACUGGGUGGACAUAUGAAGUGAAGCGCAAUAAAUUUUCUGUCAGGUCGAAAGAUUCACUUGAAAUUCAUCUCGUACCAUAUAGUGAGCAUUCAAACUACGAGGAGCUCAGGGAAUAUGUUAAGUUUUUGAAACCGAAGUGUGUCGUUCCUACAGUUGGCUUGGAUGUUGAAAAAGUUGACGGCAAACAUGCUAACAAAAUGAAAAAGCAUUUUGCAGGGUUAGUUGAUGAAAUGGACAACAAGCAAGAAUUCUUGAGGGUUUUUCAUCGAGUGAGUUGUGAAAUGAGUGAUAACGUUGAAAAGAACACCAAAGAUGCCUUGGGCAAGGAGCUGUAUCUGGAGAAAGGCACAAAGUCUGCUAAUACGAAAGUUACGGAAAAUAUAGAUAUAGGUUUUUUUUCAGAAUCAUCAAUGCCCCCUCAAGAACACAGUUCACAAAAUUCAAUAAUAUCAAUUGAUGAGGAAGCAGAGAACACACUUCAGGAGCUUCGUGAAGGUUUGCCUUCAUGGGUUACUCGAGACCAAAUCUUGGAUCUCAUUGAAAGCUCAAGUGGGGACAUUGUUGAGGCAGUUUCUAAUUUCUAUGACCGUGAAACAGCAUUUCAUGAACAAGUUUUUGGUAGUGCAGCUUCUAAUUCUAUAUCCCAGAUCAGCUUGCGAAAUGAUUCUGCAGAGCCUGCACCACUUUUGCAGUCAACCACUGUCAAGAUGAGUCUGUUUGGGAAGAUUGACUCUCCUUCAAGUCAUGAUUGUAAGUCUGUCAGCAUAGGAAAAUCACUUGGGAGUGGUGCUUCUCCAAGCAAAAGGAAGAAGAACAUUGAAAAUAAGCAAAACAAGAAAGUAAAAAAUAAGUCUAAAUCUGAAACAAGUGGGUCAAAACAAUCAACGAUAACAAGAUUCUUCAGUAAAGUUUUGCCUAUUGCUUCUAGAAGUGCUGAUGGAAACUUGCAUGAAAAAAGCACUGAAGAUGAAAAAAUUUAUGAUGAUGACUCACAGCCAUACAAGCACGAGAUAAAUCAGUUUAUUCAGAUAAUAAAUGGCAAUAAAUCAUUGGAAAGCUACGCUGCCACCAUCUUGGAUAAGACAAAGGGAGAUAUUAAUAUGGCUCUUGAUAUUCAUUACAAUAACCCUGGGAGUGAAGUUGGGUUGGCAAUUGAUAGGAAAUCUGUUCAGUCCUCGUGUGUUAUCAACAGCCGCACUUCUGGCAAGAAGGAAUUUGAAUCGGAAAAAGUGGGGCAUGCAGCUGAAUUUUCGAUGCGACGAUUUUUAACAGAGGAUGUGGAUGCGACUUCUGUAUCGCUAUCAACAGAAACAUAUAAUCCCGUGGAGCAUGCUUGCUGGAGGGAUGGACAGCGGGCUCCAUAUUUACAUAUUGCACGAACUUUUGACUUACUUGAGAGUGAAAAGGGAAAGAUAAAAGCGACUUCUAUGCUAUGCAACAUGUUCAGAAGUUUGCUGGCCUUGUCUCCUGAGGAUGUUCUGCCCGCAGUCUAUUUGUCCACAAAUAAGAUUGCUGCUGACCAUGAAAAUAUGGAGUUAAAUAUUGGUGGCAGUCUGGUUGCAUCAGCAUUGGAAGAGGCAUGCGGAAUAAGCCGAUCCAAAAUAAGGGAGAUGUACAAUGACUUGGGUGAUCUGGGUGAUGUUGCUCAAGCAUGCCGACAAACACAGAUGUUACUUGUCCCUCCUUCGCCACUGUUGAUAAAAGACGUAUUUUCUGCCCUACAAAAGAUAAGUGCGCAAACAGGCAGUGGAAGUACAACAAGGAAGAAAAACCUUAUUGUUAGUCUCAUGCGUUCUUGUAGAGAGAAGGAGAUGAAGUUUCUUGUUAGAACUUUGGUUAGGAAUCUACGGAUUGGAGCUAUGAUGCGGACUGUCCUCCCUGCACUGGCUCAAGCUGUUGCUAUGAAUUCUUCCCCUCACUUUCAUCAUGAAAGGACAGUGGAAAGCUCAAAGGAUGAGCUCCAGAACCUUUCAGCAGCUGUUGUUGAAGCAUACAAUGUAGUUCCGAGUUUGGAUUUAAUUAUUCCUUCUCUCAUGAACAAUGGCCUUGGAUUUUCAUCAUCAACUAUGUCAAUGAUUCCAGGAAUACCCAUCAAGCCAAUGCUGGCAAAAAUCACCAACAGUGUCGAGCAAGCACUGAAACUCUUUCAGAAUAGGGCUUUUACUUGUGAAUAUAAAUAUGAUGGUCAGCGUGCCCAAAUUCAUAAGUUAGCUGAUGGAUUUGUUCGUGUGUUUUCACGAAAUGGUGAUGAAUCAACCUCAAGAUUCCCAGAUCUUAUCAAUAUAAUUAAGGAAUCUUGUAAGCCUGAUGCAGAUACCUUCAUACUUGAUGCAGAGGUUGUUGCAAUUGACAGGAAGAGUGGCUGCAAGCUUAUGUCCUUCCAAGAACUAUCUUCGCGGGGGAGAGGCAGCAAAGAUACCUCAAUUACAUUAGAUAGCAUAAAGGUUGACAUCUGCGUAUUUGUCUUUGAUAUCAUGUUUUCAAAUGGCCAACAGACUGAAGAGGACUGGGGAACAACUUCAUUUUCCAAUCUGUACCUGCUUUUGGGUUUUCCUCUACGACAAAGACGGAAAUGCUUGAGAGAUUUGUUCUCUGGUGAGAAGUUGGGAUGUCUCGAGUAUGCAAAGGAAAUAACGGUUGAAGCAGAAGAUGCUUGUUCAACAAGUGAAGCACCCGUAGCUAAGAUAAGCUCUUUUCUUGAAACUGCAUUACUCUCCUCUUGUGAAGGGAUUAUGGUUAAAUCUUUAGAUGUUGAUGCUGGAUAUUCUCCAUCAAAGCGAGCUGACACUUGGCUCAAGGUCAAGAGAGACUAUGUUGAAGGAUUAAAUGAUUCGCUUGAUUUAGUCCCAAUUGGUGCUUGGCAUGGAAAUGGAAGAAAAGCAGGAUGGUAUAGUCCUUUUCUCAUGGCUUGUUACAACCCUGAUACUGAGGAAUUUCAGAGUGUUUGCCGCGUAAUGUCUGGAUUCUCAGAUUCUUUCUAUACAGAGAUGAAAAGUUUCUUCUCCGGGGACAAGAUCUUGUCCAAAAAGCCACCUUAUUACCGAACGGGUGAGGUGCCUGAUAUGUGGUUCUCGCCGGAACUCGUGUGGGAAAUAAGAGGUGCAGAUUUUACUGUAUCUCCUGUUCACGAGGCUGCCAUCGGUUUAGUUCACCCUUCUCGUGGCAUUUCAAUCAGAUUCCCAAGAUUUAUUCGCUCCGUGUCCGAUAGAAAGCCUGAAGCAUGUAGCACAGCUGCAGAUAUAGCCGAGAUGUUUCAUUCUCAGACUCGGAAAAUGGAUGUAGCAGUCGAAGAUUGAAUAUUUUUUAGGUAGGAAGUUUCAUAUGUAUACACUGUAAGGCGUAAUGUAUAUAAAUUUUGGAAUGUAUAUAAAUUUUGGAAUGUACAUAGAUGAAAGAAUAUGUGGUUUAAUUGCCCAUUUUUUUGGACGCUUGUGAGAAUAUAGCUGCUCAAGCGUUGUCCCAUUUUAUCUUCAAAAGAAAACUAUUUCUCCAACUCUGCAG